AUGGCGAUGCGGUUAGGUACUUCCAAGCGUUUACUAACAUGCUACACGAAGAAACUAGAAACCGUAAUCGCUCACCUCAAGGGUGAAAGAUUGGAAACACUUACAGCUGCAGCACAAGAAGAAGAAGAACUCAGAGAUAGUCUGCGGCAGUUGAAUGAAGGAAUAGGGGCAAUCACGGCGUUUACAGAGAACAUCGAGAAGCUUUUGAGGGAUUACGCUACGGACGUCUCAAGCCAACAGGGCUUGGACGAACAGACACUCAGUAGCUUUGAGGAGUACUCGUGA